GUUGGUUAUUUUUGCUAACUGUUAUGAGUUGUGACACUUUUGUUCGACAUCGACGGUCAGAUUUGUUUUUUUCCUGACGACCUGAAUGACAUUUAAACAACUCUUUUGACUGCUUCGUCGUAGCGGCCGGUUGUUUUUGUAGUUGUCGAAGAACUCCAUUAACCAUCAGCCCUCUGUGUAUUGUCACGAGGUACCGUAGCUAGCCUCAUUCCGCUGCUCCGGCUGAGCAGUUGGUCACCGGCUGCUCCUCCGGUCGAUUAAUGGCUCGUAUCUGACUGCACCGAAACAACCGCUGUGACCCGGACCGAGAGUCGUCUGCGAUGGGAUUCAACAACCCCUGAAACUGAGGCACUAGCGUCCAUUCACCAAGUUCACCAUGAUGUCCAUGACCUUUGGGGUGUCGAGCAGCGUGACACUGCUGUUUGACUUCUGGGAUGUGCACGGACCUGCAGGGAUGGUGCUGUCGGUGAUCGUGGUCUUCCUGCUGACGGUCUUCUACGAGGUGCUCAAAGUGUGGAGGGUUUGGCUGGGGAACGGCUCCAAGCUUUCCCAGCCUCCCUCUCAGUACGCCUCCCCUCCAGCCUGCCGCACCGACAACGGCUCGGUGCUGGAGAGCAGCCCCUCCGAGUCCUCCCUGACCCCCAUAGAGCCUCGUCCUCCUGCCGCCAGCACCAGGAACAGCUGGUUGCUGCAUAUCAUCCAGACGGUCCUCCACAUCCUGCAGGUGUCUCUGGGCUACAUGCUGAUGCUGUGCGUCAUGUCCUACAACACCUGGAUCUUCAUCGGGGUGGUCGCGGGCUCCGUCCUCGGUUACUUCAUCUCGUUUCCUCUCCUGGGUCGGGUGUGACGGUAUGGACAGUGCGGACAUAAAGACUCUGUUUUUGUCUCCUGAGCUGAAAGGAUCAAGUGUUUUGGAUGCUAAAUGGGAAACCACUUCACUAAGUAACCUCUGUGUUGUUCUGCUGGGUUUGCACAAAAGGGGGAUUCAUUGUAUGCUGAAGAAUGAUUUUUUUUUCUUUCUUUAGUCACUGGAUUUUGUUAAAAACAUUUAAACUGGAAAUGAAAAUGACACCAAUUUGUUGGUGGUCAGGAGACGUAACGUGCAGCAGUUCUAAAGCAUCUGAGUGACUUAACGGUUUUUAACCUCCAGUUGAAGGAAUGCUGCUCAUCUAAAUGUCAUUAAUUAAUAAUUAUGGUACAAAAAGAAGUGAACAAUAGAGUCAAAGAACAGAUUCAGUUGCAUUGUCUUCAGCAGAGGUACCACAAAACCCAGAGACGGGAAGUCCUCCAGAGCUUGAUCCUCUCCGUGUAGCUUGAUGUUUAAUGCACUACUCUGACAGACUUGUGUUGUUACAGCAGUCCUCUAAAUAAUUCAAAGGAUGUUUUGACACUAUACGUGAUUCAAAAUGAGUUUUUCCAUAAAAAGACACUUUGACUGUAACUUUAUAACUCAUCUGGAGACUGCGUGUUGUGAGCAGAACUAACAAAAACUAAUGAUUAAUGAAUGUUGUUACAGUGUUUUGAAGUCAAAUCUAAAAACGUACUGACACUGGAUGUGAGGAUUUGCAGGCAGGAGUCAUGAGACGGUUCGUUUGAGGAAGUGACUCAUGUGACUUCAGCUUGUCAACUCCUCAGAUGGGUCAGUUUCAUGAGUUUAUCAGAGGACAGCGGGAGUGAAGUGGGUCAUGUGGUUCUGUGGCAAACCACGAACCAAUAACGAACAAACCGUGCCUUAAAGCCGACCUUCGACGUGUGUUUUGGGUUAAAAUAUGAGCAUAUUUCACUAUUUUUAUAACUUACUCAAGCAAACUGAACGAUCACUGAACAUGGGUUACUGUUGCACACGAUGACAUUUUUGCCAUUGAAUAAAAACUUUGAAAGGCUUGUUUGUAAAGAAAAAAUAAAUAAUAAAGAAAUUUUGAAACGUU